AGCAGCCCCCGGGCUAGCCGUGCGCGGAGGGGCGGCGCCCCCGGCUGGCCACCGCCCAGCGGCACUCGGCCGGUCCGCGCGUCCGUCCCGGCGCGGCCGCCAUGACCUGGAGCGCCACGGCCCGGGGCGCCCACCAGCCCGACAACACCGCGUUCACGCAGCAGCGCCUCCCCGCCUGGCAGCCGCUGCUGUCGGCCAGCAUCGCGCUGCCGCUCUUCUUCUGCGCGGGCCUGGCCUUCAUCGGCUUGGGCCUGGGUCUCUUCUACUCCUCCAAUGGCAUCAAGGAGCUCGAGUACGACUACACCGGCAACCCGGGCACCGGCAACUGCUCCGUGUGCGCCCUGGAGGACCAGGGCCGCGCGCCGCCAAUUCGCUGCUCGUGCUCCUGGUACUUCUCGCUGCCCGAACUCUUCCCAGGCCCGGUCUACCUCUACUACGAGCUGACCAACUUCUACCAAAAUAACCGGCGCUACGGCGUGUCCCGCGACGACGCGCAGCUGAGCGGGCUGCCCAGCGCGCUGCGCCACCCGGCCAACGAGUGCGCCCCCUACCAGCGCAGCGCCACCGGCCUGCCCAUCGCGCCCUGCGGCGCCAUCGCCAACAGCCUCUUCAACGACACCUUCUCGCUGUGGCACCAGCGCCAGCCCGGCGAGCCCUACGUCGAGGUGCCGCUCGAUCGCACCGGCAUCGCCUGGUGGACCGAUUGCCACGUCAAGUUCCGCAACCCGCCUCUGGUGAACGGCAGCCUGGCGCUGGCUUUCCACGGCACGGCGCCCCCGCCCAACUGGCACCGGCCGGUGUACGAGCUGAGCUCCGAUCCCAACAACACCGGCUUCAUCAACCAGGACUUUGUGGUGUGGAUGCGCACCGCGGCGCUGCCCACAUUCCGCAAGCUGUACGCGCGCAUCCGCCAGGGCAACUACUCCGCCGGACUGCCGCGCGGCGCCUACCGCGUCAACAUCACCUACAACUACCCGGUGCGAGCCUUCGGCGGCCACAAGCGCAUCGUCUUCAGCAACAUCUCCUGGAUGGGCGGCAAGAAUCCCUUCCUGGGCAUCGCCUACCUGGUCGUGGGCUCCCUCUGCAUCCUCAUGGGCUUUGUCAUGCUGGUGGUCUACAUUCGCUACCAGGACCAGAGCGAUGAAGAGGAAGACGAGGAAUGAUUCCUGCUCUCAAAGUACCCUUCCGGCUACUUGCCAAAACCCUUGCGAGUUUCGUAGGUUUCUCGCCCUCGAUUCCAAUCCCAAUUCCAAUUCCAACCUUUCCUCGCUUUUCCUCCUGUUGUGAUGAGGGGACCAGAGGGACAUAUUAAACCCACUUGCUGGGGUGUUUGGAUGGUAGAAUGAGACAUCUUGGCAAAUUCUCCCCAUCUUCACGAUUUCCCGAGUUGACUGACCUCUUAUGUUCUUAAAGUCGCAUUUCAGCGUGGAAGGGACGGUGGAGAUUCCUGUUCAACUUCUAUUUGAUGAAAAGACGGAGACCUAGAUACAUUAAAUUACUUAUUCAAGGUCACGUAGCUACUCGUUGGCUCCUGACUCUAACUUUUACCACUACAACAGUGGUUUUCUUGGGGGAGGGUGGAGGAGAGAGUGAAGCCCAUAAAUAACUUGCAGAGGUGUGGAGGGGUGGGAGAGAAUAUGUUUGUGAGAAAUGUAGACAGAUUAGGAGGCGCCGUCCCCAGCCUGGAGUGAGCCUCCUGAAGCUGUGUUUCUCCUGUAUUCCCUCAUAUUUGGGAAUCACCGUCCUGAAUUAGGGAGCAAAUAGAAUACUGGCUAUUUAAUCCCUGUUUCCUCGUGUGUCUGAGGCUGGGCCUGAAUCAGUCACGUGAGUCCAGCUUCUCAGGUAGUCAUUUGUUCCCAGGGGCCGUGACUAUCAUAAUGUUGCAAGUUUUGUCCACCGUCCUGCCUUCCAUAUAGAAAGCACUCCAUGAGGAUGAGUGAAAAAGAAUUUGCUGUCUCUAGAAAUCUGGCAUACAGAUUUGCAAAACAGGAUUUGUAUCAAUUGACUUAAUAUUGGAGGUUUAAAGUGAACAAAACCACUUUGCCAUAUACUGUGUAGAAACUUGAAAAUGCCAGGUCAGUUUGUACAGCUUGGAGUGAAUGUUUUAACCUUAGAAUCAGAUAGAUGGAAGGGGUCUCAGAGGGAAAAUCAUUUCCCUAAAGUCAUACCUGUGUCUCUUGGCUCCUGACUCAGUCCUCUUCCUCAUCUAAAUUAUUUUUUAUGCUUAGAGAAAAAAGUUUUCCUUCAUGCAUAUAUUUUCCCUGGAGGCUAAGAAAAACUUUAAUCUCUGUUCUCAAGUGAAGCAUGCUUGUUUGUAGUAAUUGUUUUAAAGGAAUGCUUAGGAAUAUGGUCCUAUAUAUUAUCUAGAAUCUUAAGACUUGUUUGAAACUUCAAGAUAAUUUUAAAGUCUGACUGCUGUAACAUUAUCCCAAUGUAUGGAAAGUUAUUCUAAGCUAUAGACUGCUUUUUAAAGAAACACCUUUUUACUGUAAAACAAAGCAAAACCAAAACUCCUUAGUGAUAUCAUCUUAAUCAGUUUAUUUCUGGAAAGUAAACAAUUAUUUGGUAUUCUGUCAGAAUCCUCCAGUGCCUGCUUUCUAUUAUAGCUACUUCCCAGUUAAUACUGUUUUUGUUCAUGCCUGUAAGGUACUACGAGACCCUGAUGUAUUAUUUUAGUAGCCGAAGAAUAUUGAAUUGUAUUGAAUUAUUUACAUUAAUUUUAUUAUACUCUGUUCUAGUUCUUUGAAAAUUAAUAAUUGAUGGACACUAGGAAUGUUCACUGAUCUCUGUCUCAGACCUUCUGGAUCAGUUUUGAUUUAAUAUUCUGUCCCACUAUUUUACAAAAGCCAAAAUAUAUUUUAGCAAUUCUAAUGUGUUGGCUUUCCAGUUCCAGAAUGUGACACAAUUUUAUUGUCAGAUUUCAUAUUGCGAUUUUAGACUAUGAAAGUAUGGUCAUUUUAUGUAUAUAAGAUAAUUUUUUAUGAAUGUUUGAUUGAGCAACUUACUAGCCUCGCUUUCUUUACGUUGGAGAAGAGAAUUUACCACUUUCUUACUAUGGUUGAGGGCGAUCAUGUAUUUUGCUAUCAUUUUUACAAUAUUCAGCCCAUUGCUCUAAAAUGUUUAAUGAGACUUCAAAACUUAAGGUGUUCUGAUUAAAUCAAUGAAUGUGGCUCCAGGCCCUAUUCUCGGGGUUUUUGAAAGAGAAGAAAGGUUAUGUUUGUCUUACCUUUGUUAUCACAUUUGCUUAAUUCUUUUGAACUAUGAUCUUAAAGGCACAAACAGUACUAACCACUUUGUUCACGUGUUAUUAGCAGGUUUUUAUUGCAGCAAGAGAAUCAUCUUUCAAAAGAGUAAACUCAAUGUUUCAGUGUUAACUUCCUAAAACACAAUUUGAACUUAUAUGAACAUCAGCAUGUAAUACGAAUUAGAUGAUCUUCAACUGUUGCUUGAAUUUGGUAAAAUGUGGUCAAUUUAAAAAAUAAUAUGAAAAUUUAUUAAAGAAUAUGAUUGUAGCAGUCUUCUCCA